AACUUAAGUCCUUCACAAUUCAACAUGUCGUCUAGUGAUUGGGAUGAAGUUAAACUAUUGGCUGCCGACUUCCAACGCAUUCAGUUGACAACUUCAUCACAAAGAUUAGGGGAAAGGAACUGUGUGGAAAUAGUAGCAAAAUUAAUCAGUAGUAAGCUACUUGACGUUGUAUUCACAACUGAUGGUAAAGAAUAUGUAACACCAACUCAUUUGACUAAGGAGUUAAAAGAUGAAGCAUAUAUUCAAGGAGGUCGUAUAAAUAUAUUAGAUGCUGCUAGAGCUUUAAAAGUUGAUCCAGAUGUUGCAACCAGUGUGUGUGAAAAAUUAACCAAGGAUGAACAUGAUGAUUAUUGUAUUGUUCAUGGACAAUUAAUUGGAUCAACUUAUUUAGAUCAAAUUGCUGAGGAUGUCCUUGAUAAAUUAGAACAGAAUGGUCAUAUAAAUUCAUUAAAAAUAUCUCAACAGUUUGAUUUACCUGUGAAUAUUAUUGAUUCGAUGCUUGAAAAACGAAAUCAAAAUUUGACUUUUAAUUUGCACAAAAAUAAAAAUAACCCAUACUUGUAUUAUACAGAUUCCUAUUUUAAUUCUAUUAAAAGAAUUGUCAGAGGAGCACUUCUAGCUAUAACCCGUCCUGUUUUAUGUACAGCAAUAAUUAAUCAGUGUUCUAUUGAAGAAAAAGAAUUUUUCAGUGUAUUUGAAAGUUUGUUGGCAGAAAAACAAAUCCCUGGUACAUUGACUGAUCGAAUUGGAAAUGCAUGUACUUAUGUUCCAAAUAUAUAUACCAAAGCUCUAAACAAUUGGGUUAUGAAUUUUUACUCCAACAAUAAUUAUUUAGAUUAUGAAGCAAUGAAUAGUGUUGGUAUAACUGAUCCUAUUUCUUAUAUAUCACGUAUGCAACUUGGUAAAGAAUUAAUUGCACUAUCCACAUGCUCCAUUGGAUCUAAAAUAUUGGUUGAUGUUUCUGCUGCUAUUGAGGAAUCUAUUGCUAGUGGAACUUGGAUUGAUAUAAUGGAUUUUCUUCCAAUAGUUUUUGAUCCAAAAGAUGGAAAGCUGGUUUUAGAAUAUUUAUUGAAGAAAACUAAAAUUUCAAAAGGUUUCCAAAUUUUUGAUGAUACUGUAUUAGUGACUGAUAAGUUUAUAGAAAUACAAUCUGAACGUAUUAUUAAUACAUUAGACGCUAAAGUCAAAAGGAUUAUUAAAUCUGGAGAAUAUGCAAAUGCUUUGAUAAGUUGGAAAAUUCAACAAAAACUUGUAGAAGAUAAAAAUCCUGAACUUAGUCGCAAAGAGGAACGCAAGAAAAAAACUGGUGGAAAACAUGGAGGAGGAACACAGGGUCGAGAAACAAAGAUAAAGACAGUCAAGAAGAAGUAUGGACAAAAAUCUAAACAACAUGAUUCUGACUCCGAUGAACAGGAGAAUAAAACAAUUGCUAGUGAACAAUUUAUAAUAGAGAUUGUUACUUCUGAUGAGAUAAGAGAUAAUUUAAAAAUCGAAGAAACAUUUAAAGACGUUUAUGAAGAUAAAAGUUCAUUGACAGAAAAAAUUGUUUCAUACCUUUAUCCAAUUUUAAAUAAAGAAGCUCUAAGACGAACACAAGAAAUGUAUGAUCAAGUAAUAGCAAAUCGAAUAGGUGACAGACGUAAAGUGCAUCAAGAUUUUAGAGACAAACUCUUAUUGCUUUUGUCUGAUUUUCAUCUAUAUAUUAAAGGUGUUCAGAAAUUUGAUAAUACUGACAUUCAAAUACAGCUUACAACAUUUUUAUUGAAAUCUGUUGGUGGUGAAAUAGUAGAAAGUGUUAAGUAUUAUGUAGCACAAAAUAAAGAACAUAAUUCAGAGUCCAAGACUAAUCAAUACGAUAAACAAAUUGAAGAUGCAAUUGAAAAACUACAGAAAUCAUUGACAUCUAAAAGGAUUGAUGAUUUUUAUGAAGCUGUUGAUCAAUUAUUGUCUUCUGUUGAUGUAGUACAAAAAAAGCAUGAUCGUAAGAAAGAAAGGGAACAUUUACAAAAUAACCGUCAAAUACUUUUGAACUCUUUAUCAAAUACUGAAAAUGAUGCUGCACAAGUACUGUUGAUUGUCACACAAAUACUUUUUCAAUCAAUUACACAGACAAUGAUUAAAGUAUCGGGUAAAUUUGUAUCGAUCCUUCUAGGAUUUUUACAGAAACAUUUAAAUGAACAAGAUUUUUCUGUUCUACAAAAUUACUAUGACCUUGUCGUACAGCUUUUAAAAACUGAAGAUUUUGAUGAAAAAGAAAAUAUUAAAUCUAAAUUAGAAGAAAUCACACAUAUUGUGAAAGACCUCGCUAUCAAUUUUAAAAAAAACUUAGGCUAAACCAAUGAAUUAGGCUUCUUUAUGUCAUAUAAAAUUGCCUAUGGUCAAAAUAUUGUUAUUUGAAACUGGGAUAUUUUAUUGUAUUUACAAUUUAU